AUGGAGAAUGAACCGCUGAGCACCCGGGCGCAAGAUGAUGGCGGCGGCCGUGGCUCGAGGAGGGGUAAAAUCAUUGGGAAGCUCUUUGGACGCGACCGCGAUCGUGAUCGUGACCAGAGAACCGCACAGGACGAAGGCACCAAUCCCGGCGACUUGAACGACUUCCUUCACGGGCCGUCUGACAAGUUGCAAGUUGCCCAUGCGGCUCCUCCUAUGCUUGCCAAGCUCGACAUCAAGAGUGCCACCCGCUAUCCAAACGCGCUUCACGUCUCCACUCCCACUCUCAGCAACCUACAGCCUGAUGCCGUUCUCCAACCACGAUCACAUAAUUCGAGGAGCAGGGCUAGGGUUCGGAAAGGGCUUGUCGUAAGAUUCGUCGACACAUAUCCCGACAUCAUUGGCGAUGGUGGCGACGAGUGUGACGUUCCCACAUACGAGAUUUCGAGGCGCAGGAAAGCCAGACCCCCAGUUGUUACCGCCGUGACCGCCCCGGCUCGGCCAACCGAGGCUGAAAGUGGCCCUCGCAAGGCCUACCCGGAGGCACUUGUGAACGAAGCCCCCUUCAACCCCAGCCCGCUGAGGCGCACGCAGACGGGCUACUCGUCCAUCUCGGACGCACCAGACCCAGAGAUACCGGCGGGCUGGAAUGCCCCUACCAAAUAUCUCGACAGUCAGGCCGUAUCCCGUGAUGACAGGCGGAGGUCUUUUAUUGAGGUCCACCAAGCUGAGAUGCGGCAAGCCGAGGGACUGGCAUUUUCCCAGGCCUUGCGGUCAGGGAGCACAUCCCCACAACAGGCCCAGGACCGGGGAAUGCCCUCGCCUUCUACUCCUGAACCAACAGUAGGCGGUGUUUUUACCAAUUCGCCAAGACUUACCAUGUCUUCACAACAACAAUUUAUACCACAGCCAUCCCCGGUUUCCCCGUCUGCACCACCGCCGCCUCUUCCGCCAUCUUACCCGCAACCCACUCUCGCAAUUCGACCAGCUCAAAUCCCACAGAUUCAGACCAAAGAUCCCUUCCAGAUGCCAUAUUCUCCAGUUCCGCCAUCUUUAAACGAGAGACAGCUUGUUCCGCCCUCUCAUAAUACCAGGCCACAGUUAAAUCAACCGACAGAUUCGCCCGAGAGGCUGCUGAAGAUGACACCGGCUCUCGAUCAGAGUCCGUCGUCUACUUUCUCAGUCGCCUCGAGUUUUAAUCACCCGUACGCAGCGCUUCGACAAGGGGUCAAGCCCGCAGAGAGGGAUAACGGGUCACCAACAUCACAAAGGGCUUCCUCAAACUUGCAUGAUGUCAUCAGUGCCGUGGCAGAUGAUGCGCUAGAUGCUUUUGUUAGCCGUACCCGACAUUUGUUUGAGCUUUUUCGCCUUCACUCAGAGAGUGUGCGGCCGUUGGCUUCUUGCACAGCCUCUGAGCUCGCCAGAGCAGCUCUAUGGUGGUUCCUGUUCGGCCGAAUGGCACUCGAGACUGCUGUCCGAGAACAACCAAACAGUUCCGAGUCUCGCCAAAAUAAUGAAUUGGCGAAGCAACAGGCGUACGCCGAUUUGGCCAAAUCGUAUUGGCUGUCUGAAGACAUUAUCCCAGAGAUCUUUGGUAGCGACAGAAACCCAAUCGAAGAAGUUGACGAUGCCAGACUUGCUUUGGCUUCCAGUCUCCGGAAGCUGGCCAUGUCAAUGAAAAGGAAUGGGUUUCUGCCUCCCGAGGAGGCAUUCCUCCCUCAGAGCAUCGAUCGAUCCAUCUGGAUUGCAUACCCUCAGGUCACACAAGACACAAUCCUGCUUCUUUGGGGCUCGUCGAGCUCUGGUCUUGCGCAGACACAACAAACUGUUUCUCGCAUGCGCCUGUUGGAAGCAUUGCCUUUGGCCGAUUCCUCACUUUCUUUCUGCUUUGGUCGGGUCUCUGCCGACGUGAUUCUCAUGGAACAGGGGGGAGAUUCACAGAGGCUCUACUUCCCCUGCAUCCUGUCGAUUACCAGGCCACAGAAACAACCCGACAUCGUGUUCGCUGUCGCGAGUCAAGACGGAUCUGUUCAACUUCGGAUCUCAGGGAACAAAAGCCUAGGCCCAGCGUGGGAAGACGUACGGUGGCGCUCAGACAAUCUUAGUCUUGAAAUCAGGCUGCCGCGUGGGCUUAUUCUCGUUCUCCAAUGCUCGCAACAAAGUUAUAAAAUGUUGUGGAAUAUGUACGACUUCAGCGCCAAAGUGAACUCGAGCCUUUAUCCUCGACAGGAUGAGCGCUGCACUUUCCGAUCAACCCUUCGAGCAUUUCAAUACUUCGAUAACGAUCCCCAGUCGCGGCAGUUUCCGCGAGAGUCGACCCCUAACUGCGAUAUUGCCUUGUUUGAGCGUGUCAUACGGGAAGGGGCUGCGACUGGGCCUCGCAACCAUCACGCAGGCUAUCGCAUAGCAGUUGUUACAGGUACCAAAACAAAAACCCUGAGCGGUAUCAGCCAGAUGUAUACCCCUCAGGUACCAAUACACUUUGGGUUUUUGCGCAGCGAGGCAAACGACCCUGCUCUUUCCCUCAAAUUUGACAACGGUCGACAGAAGGGAAAUAUGGUCUUGUCCUUUGCCGACGAACAAGAGAGGUUACGGAUGCACAGUCUCCUGAUUGGCACAGCUCUAAAUCGCGACGAAAAAGUCUACUGCGAGGUUCAGCUGGAUGGGGUCUGGUUUUCUGAGAGAUUCGGCGAUGCCCUCCAAAAGGGGCUCAAGGCUUUCUCGAGUUUGUCCUGGCAGAGGCUUCGGGUCAUCAACCAUGACAGUGACGGCAAUCGUCCACCAUGUGUUCUUGCCGACAGGCUACGGGUGGUUUAUGAAAGUAAGGAUGGCACGUUCACCGACAGGAUUAACGUUGCCCCUGGCGAACUCAAAUUGCGGCUCGAUGUGCGUAACCCCAGUUGCAUGAUGGUUUUCCGUCAAACCCAGAGCGAUGCAACGAUGGCAGUCACCGAGUCAAAGACUCCACAUGAGCUAUCGCAAGCCUUAAGUCAGGGCCUAGAAACCUUGCAGCAAGGCGCAACGAUUCGAACAUUCAUGUUCCCUAGUAUUGCAGACCUCCAUGCAUUCGAGACUGCUAUCACGGGGUUCAAAGUCCUGUUCGACGGGGUAGCUUGCGCCUUUGCCAUCUCGCGACGACGCAUGGUUGUUCCCAUUUACAAAAAGUGGGAAGCAGGCGCGACACGGAUCCAGGUUGUCCAGCAAGAUGGCGCAACACAGCUCCUCGCUUUCUUUGACGACUUUGCUCACGGGAAGUGUAUGGGAUUCAGUCUUAAGGGAACCGACGUGUUUGAAGCGUUCAGCAGGGGUGGCAGUAAAGCUGGGCUGAAGAUAGAUGAUGCCAAGUUUCCAUUACCCAAGGUGGCCAACGCCGAGGUUGACAAUGCUCAAGAAGCAUCCGACUCUGCCUUUGUCUGUUUCGACUUGCCCGAGCUGCCGGGAGAGCAUGAUGAUAUUUCAAUCGUGUUCGAAAACGAAGCAGAGCGAGAUAAACUCGUAUCAUGCCUUCCGGCACCUGUCAAGGGCUCCCGACUAUCAAAGAUUACUAAAGCGCUACCGUAG